AUGGCAAAGUCAAAGGCUUCAUCUCCCGGGCCACCGGCUUCCGCUUCGGCCGCCCGCCGACAACACGCAACUACUGCCUCUGCCAGACCGGGAAAGGCGAGGUCUUUGGCUUGUCGACAGUGUCGCGAUCGUAAAAUUCGCUGUGACGGUGCACGACCUGUCUGCGAUUCGUGUUCCAGACGCGGUCUCUGUGCUGAUCAGUGUGUUUACCCUGAGAUUGAGCAUGAAGGUUCCAUCGCUUCGUCGCGGAGCUACAUCCGUGCUCUCCAGAAGCGAGUCCAGGAACUUGAAGAGAAGGAGAAGCAGCUAGAAUUAGUAGCUCAUGGCCACAAUGCUUUCGUCGCUACGACGCCUGCUCAAGAAGAAUGGAGAAAACUAUCCACCUCACCCAGUGUUGUGUCUGAGCGUAUAGCAAGACCUCCAAGACAUGUUGAUCAUGCUCUUCCUCCAAUCCACACUGACUCUGGCUACUCUCUACCCAGUUUCUCUUCCAGAGCUGGUUCACUACCUGUAGUUCACGAACCAGCCAGCUACUACUCUCGCCCGCAUCAUCUCAUGGGUGCUAGUCCACCAUUAACCGAUGAUCUCGAAGAUGCUGCUCCAGCCAAACCUUCAUCUUUCGGCUCCUAUUCUUCCAACGUCAAGGCCGCUUUGAUGCUCCAGAAAAUCACCCUUCCACCAGCAGACCUCAUGGACGAGUUGUUAGCAGAGUAUUUCAACAUUGACUGGAUCACCAUGCCUGUUAUCCAUCGACCAUCGUUCUACCAACGAUAUCACCGUCUCAUCGCAGUUGCAAACUCUCGUUACCGCCGUGAUAUCCCACUCGAGGAAGCCACCGAACUCGCAGCCACCUACUCUCUCCUUUUAGGAAUGCUAGCCAUUGGCCAACUUGCCAAAACCUCGAUCACAGAAUCCGCCGAGUUACACGUAUCUCACGCCUUCGAAUUUCACCAGCAAGCCAAGACUCUUCUCCUCGUCGACCUUUUAUCCGUAUCAUCUCUUCCUGUGGUACAGGCUUUGAUUGUUCAUGCCAGAUUCUUGCGACGAGCGGGUACGGUCCAGGAGAGUUGGAUGCUGACUGGCAUGGCCCUUCGACUCGCAGAAGGUCUUAUGCUCCAUAUCGAUCUCCCAGGAAAGGCUCAGGCUGAACGCGAGGAACGGAGAAGGACAUGGUGUGCUUGUGCUCUGCUUGUCAGGAUGCAGAAUUCCCCUGGAAGCCAGACAAACCCAAAAUUUGGCACAUUUCCCCAGGGAAUCGACGACGAAUAUCUUGAGGCUUUCCCUCACAACCCCGACCGAGCUCAACCUUGCGAUACCCUUUCACGACUUUCUUUCUUCAACCAAACUUUGAAACUGUACGACGAUAUUCUCCAGCCUAUUCAAGAUUCUCUCAGCCACAAAACAGAUUCUGGUAAAGAAUCGGUUUCUGAUGUUCUAUCCGAUGCACUGAAGCGGGACUGCGAUUUGGAAGAGUGGCAUGCUGCUAUCCCUGAGCAUCUGCGCGUCAAGUUCCCCUGCACACAACCCGAGGCUAUUUUCCGCCGCCAAGCAACGUUGUUGCGUAUGAGAUAUCUUGAGACCAAGGCUUUGAUUCCCCGAGUAGCUAUCAUGAAGCUCAUCAGCAGCAAUGUAACACAACCAACUUCAAAAAUGGCAAAAUCGAUGCUCGCAGGACUAUUCGAAUCGUGCUAUGCUGCAAGCGUGGAGCUAGAAGAUAUCAUGGCUCGCGAGAGGAGAUUGGUGACUUUUGACGGCCCUCCUGACAGUCAUUCUGCUAUUGCCCUUAGCAUAAUUGGCAUGACCCUCACCGUCUUGGUCCAACAUCCUCUCUUCAGAGACAUAAUCACCAACCCUGCCCCUGUGACCGAGGAAGCCACACGAUGCCUCGCGACAGCCAAGCAAUACACAACUUCAACACACCCGCUCGCCGAGCGAUUUGUCCAUACUCUGGAGUCUGCCUUGCAGCCUCCAUCUCGAUGUGUAUCUCCCCGCGGUGUCUUGGACCCUGCCUUGGAGCCCAAAACUGUUGGGCCUGUGCUGUCGAACUUGACAGAGGCUCCUGGGGCUGUGGAGAUGGCCUUGUUUGAGGCUUGGUAUAUGAAGAGGCAGGAUCUCGCAUCUUGCGGUAUGCCUGUUACGGAGUUUGUUUCUCUGUGGUGA